AUGUAUAUUUUUAAUUUUUAUAAUAUUAUAUUUGCAUGCCUUAUAGGCAUUGUAUGUUCAUCUUGGUUUAAUAUUCCUAAUAUAGAUCCCAUAAAGAGUAUUAUAACCAAAGAUUUAAAAAAAAAAAAAGCAUCAUCUAAAGUAAAAAGAUAUGUUUUAGAUGUAAGAUCUUUUGGGAAUGAAUGUGUUAUUAAUCAUGAGAACAUUUGCGAAGUCGCAAACUAUGAUAUACACAUAAAAAAUGGAAUAAAAGGUCAUAUUGCCAAAGUAAUUUUAGCUCAAAAAAAUACAAGUGAUCUUGUUUCAGUACAUAGCAUAAGUGGGCAAUUUUCUGAUAAUGGACAACUUAUAUUCCAUUUUAAUGAUAUUCCAUCGUUACAUUAUAAUAUAAUAUUAGAAAUAUCAGAUUUAAUCUAUAAUAAAGAUUACGAUAUUGGAAAAAGUUGCCAAUGUACAGAAUGCAAUGAUAACAAAAGAACAAUAGAUUUAAAAGAAAUUAAAGAUAAUUUGAUAUAUAAAACGAAAAUUCAAAAAGAAAACAAAAUACAAUAUCCAUACAAAACAUUUGUUCAUGGAAAAUAUUUAUUUAGUAAAUUUUUAUUCUUUCAUUCAGAAAUAAAUGCAAACACUAUAGAAAAUUACAACACUUUAUAUAACAACUAUUAUGAAUUAGUAUAUCCAUGUUCUGGUAUUAUUAUGACUCAUUCUGAAAAAUACAAUUUAAACUACGAUUUAUCAAAAGCAAGUUGUUAUUAUAUAUAUCUAAUGGACAAAUUUUUAAAACAAAUUAAUCCAAGCAGUACUAUUACAUUGAAAUUUGUAAGUCCAGUAUUACUUGCAUUCGAAGAAGAUAAAUCCAAUUAUGAUAUUAAAGUUACUCCUAAUCAAAGUAUUCAGCUUCCUUUAAAAUAUAAGGAUAGUUUCUAUAUUCCUAGAGAUACCGUUAAUGGUAAUUUGAUAACUAUUAACACACACAAAUAUUUUAAUAACAACAAAUAUAUAUACAAAAAUAAUGAUUACAACAGAAUGGAGCAGGUUCAUCUGUUUAGAAUGUUUUUUAAAUUAUUCUCACAACAAAAUAAUAUUUCAAAUGAAGAAAUGCUACAAUACACUACGGGACUCAUUUUAGAAAAACCUUCUACAUUUCAGGAUAAACCUUAUAAUAUAUAUGCAGAAGAGUUAGCAGUUUUAUUAAAUUCUUUUAAUUCAAAAUUUAAUUCAGAAUCAAUUGGACUUAAAAAAAAUGUUGUAAUUAUGAAAGAAGAACAAUAUAUAUCAAGUUAUGGCUCAGUCUCUUAUGCGUAUAUAAAUGAAGAUCAAUUAAUAUUAAGAGAAUCUUCAGAAAUAUGUUUAAUUGUUUUGGAAUCUAUUGCAUAUGAACUUAGUACAUAUAUAAAUAAAAAAUUAAGUGAUUCGAAGAAAAAUAAAUGUCAUAUUAUGAGAACUAGUAAUAGUUACGCUAAUAUUACAACUAUGUAUUAUACAUAUGAAUUAGAUUGCAACCAUGCAUUAUAUUAUAGAGAAGAGAGUGUAAGUCAAGAUCAUAAGGCUAAUCAUUUCUUAACUAGCAUAUCCUUAUUGGAAGAUGUAAGUGUUAAAUUAAUUUAUGACGAUAUAUUUGAAUAUUCUAUAUUAUUCAAUGUAGCAGUUAAUAUAAAGUCAUUUAAUUUUUUAACAAGGUAUAUUCCAAAUUAUAUAAAUAAUAAUACUAUAAUUACUUUUAUUGUAACAGGAAGUAAGAGUGAUAAAAUAGAAAACGAAAUUGAAAUUAAGAAAUUUUCAUAUCCAAUGAAUUGCACUAAUGAUUGUCCUAAUAUAGAACCAAUAAUAAUUGAAGAUAAUUUUGAGUAUAUAGCUAUAACUACAAUAUGUAUAGAAAAUAAUGGAUUAUCUACUAUCUGUAUUCCUGGAGAUAGGUUCUCUUAUGUUUUUGAUACUAGAUUGUUGAGAGUACACAAAAUAAAUAUUAAUCCUUACCCUGAAGUUGUGCUUACUGGUGGUGUUCAUACUACUAUAACUGAAGAUAUUUACUGCAUCAUAGUAAGGCAACCAAAUAUUGUGCCAAACGAAAAUUUUCCGGUUACAUAUACUGAUAGAACUUGCAAAGAAUUAAUUAAUCGUUGUCAUCUUUUAACAACUGCAGUUAUUGUAGACAAUGUGGAAAUUUCUUCUGAAAUAAAAAGCAUUCAUAAUUAUUCAAAACUCUUAUUCUUAACAGAUUUUAAUGAAAAACAUGAAGAAAUGCUUCAGAUCACAUAUUCUACGAAAGAUUUUAAUAACAAAAAAAGAUAUAUCUUAACACAUUAUAAUAACAGUUUUUACUUUAAUAAGCAUGAUAAUAAAAUUCACCUAAAACGUCCAAUGGAACACUUUGAUAGUUUGCCAAAAUCGAAUUAUGACAAUGAUGAAUAUGAUGAGUUUGAUAAAAAUGACAAUUCUUUUAAAGAAUUAAAAUAUAAUAUUGAGAUAAAAAGUUAUUUUGAAUCAGAAAAUAAAAGUACCAUUCACAUACAAAUGCCCAAAAAUAACGACGUUUCUAUGUAUCCAUUUGGACAAACAUAUAUUAAUUAUGAAUAUAUUAAAAAUAGCAUUCACAUGAAAUUCUUAGAUAAUUAUAUUUAUUUUUAUGACAAAAAAGAAAUAAACACUAAUAUUUCACAACAUUUUAUAAACAUAUCUCCAUAUAAUUAUGAGUGUUUAGGUGCUUAUGCUUAUUUGAUGAAUAAAUUUAAUAUAUUAGUUAAUAAUUCAUUAAAUUGUGAAGCACUAAAUAUGAUAAUAGAGGUUUUACUAAAAGGAAAGUUAGGAAGAUAUUUUAUAAAUAAAGAAAACAAAAUACAUUUAAAUUUUGUUAAACGUUAUCAGGGAGCAUAUGAUGUUUUUGAUCUCGUUGAAGUUGAAAUAUAUGCACCUAAUACACCAGAAGUUCCUAUUCAUAAAUACAAAAUGAACGUUAGUAUAGACGAAAAUAAUAGAAACUUAUUAUAUUCACACAAAAAUAUGAAAUACUCAAAUAAAUAUUUUUCAAAUAUAUAUAUUUUGAUGUUUAAGAUAGCAUAUGUUUUCAAUGAUUAUGAUAUAUAUACAUUUUUCAAUGAUUUAACGGGAAUAUUUUUAAUUGACAGAUUCACUUUAAGAAAUUUGGUUAAAUUAGAAUUAAAAGAUAAGACAGAUAUACAAAAUAUAGUAAAUUUACUAAAGAAUGAAUAUCAAAUUUUAAUUGAAAAUCACACAAAACCUUCUGAAGAAUUGAUUAAUGAAAUUUCCUUAAUAGCAGCAUACAUUGUAGAAUUAACAUCAUCUUACAAAAAAAAUUCAAUUAAUACGUACAUAACCUCAUUUGCUGGUAUAAAAUAUUUUGUAUAUGUUGAUGAAUUUCUAUAUAAAAAUAAAGAAUAUAAAAUAAAUGAUAUGGCUUACAAAUUAUCAAAAUAUAACACACUUAUAAUUAAAAAAAAAGCAUUAUGUUGUUCUAAUUUUGUUGAUGAAAUUGAAAAAUCUCUAAAGUAUUAUAUUAUAUAUAAAUAUAUUGUUACUGAUAGAAUAGUACAAGAAUCAGAAAUACAAAUAAUUUCAAUAGCAAAUAAUGUAAUACAAAAACUAUUGGAACACCCAAUUUUAUCAACUGAUGUAUGCAUACCAGAUGAAAAUAAAUCAAAUAAAAUUAUUGCGACAAUUAUGGAAGGAUCUGGAUAUAUUUCUAGAACAACACAAUUAACAUAUGUAGAUAUGGAAUGUAUUGAUUUAGAUGUGAUAGACCAUUAUGAAAAUAUAAUAGAAAAAUUCAUAACUUUUGGUGAUUCUAAUGGAAUGUUUGUCGAAAUGUAUGUUAAUAGUUCGAUACUAGGUAAUAGCAUUACAAUCAAAGAAGAUAUGGAUUAUCAAAUAUACUUUUUGUUCAGAAAUUUGUCGAUGCCAUUUGUAGGUAAAUCAAAUAGAAAAGAAUCUUCAGGAUUAAGAAGAUUUUUAUUAAAAAAAGGUACAGUUUUCCAAGAAAAUGAAAAAACAAGCAUAUCUUGUUAUUUAGAUAUUGUAAAUAAAGAUUCCAUAUUUAUGUUAGAAAAAAUAAUUUUUGUAUCAAAAGAAGGUGAUAGAUUAGUAAAAGAGGUGAAUGUUGAAUAUCAAACAUUUUUUGUACAUCCAAUGAAUUUAAUCACAGAAGCAUAUUUAGACAUUCCAAAGAUUAUUGUAAAAGAAAACUAUUAUAGUAAUGUAGUUGAAUGUUCUCACUAUAGUAAUGGAUUAGAAAGCUGUAUAUAUCCUGCUUAUGGUUAUGAAAAUAUUAAUCCAUUUUAUGUAUCAUAUUUAGAAAACAACCAAAGAAAAGAUAUAUUAUUUUCCAAUAAUGAUGAACUUAAAAAAAUUAAUAAAAAUAGUGUAAUAUCUAUAUCAAGAAGAUACAACAUAGAAAUAAAGGGAGAUAUAAUGAUUGAUGAUAUUUAUGAUACUAUUAGAGCUAUUUUUCAUGAAAUAACAGGAUCAAUGGGAAUAUAUGACUUUAGCAAAAAAUCUUGUGGUCCUCUAUAUUUGAAUAACAAUCAAUUAAAUUUAGUUAAUGAUCCCAAUUCACUUAUAUCUAAUAUUUUAUAUGAUACCAAGUACUGUAUAGAUAGAAAUUCUAUUUUUAAUAAAAUACUGGAAAUUUGCAAUUUUGAUAAAAAAGAAUUAGCAAGUUUAUUUGGUGGUAUAAGAAGUCAUAUUCUACCAUAUACUUUAAAUGAAGAAUUUGCAAAUUCGUUAACACAAAAUGAACUAAUUAAUUUAAUAUUUUAUUUUAUUUCAUCACCACCUCAAUUGAUUGAAGAUGUCAAAAUGAAACCAUUAUAUUUAGAAAUUUUAGAAUUGACUGAUAACCCCAAUAUGAAAGUCAUUGUUGAAGAAAAUUUUAUUAAAAUUAAUAAAAACUUAUUAAGUAAAGUACACAAAUUUUAUAUUGUUGAAUUUAAUACCAUAUUAUACGAACAAUUAUUAAAUUGGAUUCCUGAUGAAAGUAAAAAUAAAGAAUUUAUACUAAGAGAAUCAAAUACAAAUAAUAAAAAUGUUUUAGAAACUAUUAAUUACUAUAUGAAUAGAUAUAUUAAUAAAAAUUCAUGUAGUGACUCUGUAUUUACAAAUAAUGGAUCUUUAUUUAAUGCAUUUGAAUCUCCAACUUAUCAAUAUCCAAGUUUUACAUAUAAAAAUAAUGAUAUAUAUUUGAAACAACAAAUAAAUGGAGAUAUUUCAUUUAAUAAUUUGUUUUUAUAUGAAGGACGCAACUACUUGAAUGAUACAUAUAUAAAUGCUAUAUUAGUUUUGUCUCCAAAUAGGUUUCCUGCUCUUAACCAAGUUACAUUUAUAGAAUUAGUGGCUAAUUCAUUAGAUAAUAAUAAUCAAAUUGUUUUAAAGUGUCAUCCACGUAAAGAUUAUGAUAAAAGUGUUGUUCAAAAUUAUAAUUUGGAAAAAGGUACAAUAUAUUUUGUUUGUAAGAAUAUAUAUAUUAAAUAUUUAAAAAAUGGUUUUUAUGAAUUCAAUAAAUAUUUAGUUUAUUACGAAAAAGAUGGACAAAUUACACACCAGCAGUAUGAAAAUAUGCCUGUUAAACCCAUUUAUGAAGUAAAAACACUAUUGCAAAAUGUACCAAAUCAAAAACCAUCUAUAACAAUACAGCGUGCAAAUAAAAAUCAAGAUUCAAAUAUAGAAGAAUACUUAAUACACAUUAAAGGACAACUUAAAUUACACAGAGAUCCAUAUUCUGUAAUUAAACCAGCUUUUACUCAACGUUCAUACUUACUUAACACUAAUAUUCAUAUUUUUGAUGAUUAUGUAGCAUACAAACAUUUUAGAAAUUUAAAAAAUUCAGAAUAUUUAAAUAUCCCUUUGAGCAAAUAUAUAUUUAAAGGUGAAUCAUUAAGCAUAUCACUUGUUCAAAGUAAAAAAAAAAAUGAUAUAAUAGAUAAUGUUUACUCAUUAAAAAUUAAUAAAAGUAAUAAUCUUUUAGGUUUAAUCAUAAUGGAUAUACAUGGUAACAAAUAUAAUAUCGAGGUCACAGAGGGCGAAGUAGUAAGUGAUAAUGAGAAUAUAAACCGUUCAGGAAGUAUGCAACCAACCAGCGUAGAGAAUGAUGCAAGUAAUGAUAAUGGACAGGAAUUAGACACAACACCAAAUGAAAAUGUACAUUCAGGGAGUAAUGCACAAAUAAAUGAGAAAACACAAAUAGAAACUCUUAUCGAUAUAGAUAGACCAAUAGAACGUACAUUGUCAGAAAAUGGAGAACAAGAAGAAGAACGAAAACUAGAAGUAUUAGUUGGAGAAGUUCCAAAUUUAAAUAGUCAGAUUUCAUCAGAUAAUGGUGCAAAAAUUCAAACAAAUUAUAACUCAUAUAUUUCAUUGAAGAUAUAUCUAUUAGAAAUAGAAAAAAAUAAUAAUAAUUUAUCACCAGAAUGGACGGGACCAUUUUAUUUUAAAGUAAGUACUUAUUAUUGGUUAGGAGAAGGCAUUGUAGCUUUGUCGGUAUUCAAAAAUAAUGAACCUAUAAUGAAUACAAUAACGGAAGAAUUUAUAAAUAUGAAUGCAUUAAAUGAUAUGUACAAGCAAAUUAGUAGUCAAAUACAAAUUAACGAAGGAAAUUAUACUAUAACAAUAAGGGGUACUAUUUACAAUUUUUCUGAUAUUCUUCAAGGAUCUAAUGAAGAAAUAAAAGUAGAGAGAGUAUAUGGAGAAAGUCUCACAUAUUUACAAAAUAAAAUCAAUGAAAAAAAAGGAAGCAAAUCAAAUUUAAAAUUUAAGAAUACAUUAAAAAAAACAGAUCCUAUAUAUAUACCUGUCACUUUUGAUACUAAAAAAAUAAUGUAUCAACCCUCACAAAUAAAACCUGUUGAAGUUAGACCUGCUGAAGUUAGACCUGCUGAAGUUGGACCUGCUGAAGUUAGACCUGCUGAAGUUGGACCUGCUGAAGUUAGACCUGCUGAAGUUAGACCUGCUGAAGUUAGACCUGCUGGAACUAACUUAAAUACUGUUAUACAAAGUACUAACACAAAUUAUAAUGAUACGAAAAUAUCAAAAUACUAUGUAGAUUUGCCUACAGAAAAUGGAAUUAUAACCUAUAAAAAAAAUUUAUAUUAUCCACACUCUCUAAAAAGUUUAGAUGAAAAUUCAUCUGAUGAUAGUGUCUUUGAGGGGUUAAUUUCACUUGUAGAAAAUUUGCAGGUAAGUAAAUAUAUCGUAGAAGUUAACAAUAAUUAUUAUACAGAACAAUGCGUAAGUGGAAAUUGCUAUGUAAUUCCAGAUGAUAUAAAAAGAAUUAUGAAAAGUUUUAGAAGUAAUAUUGUAAAUGGCAAAUAUGAAUUGGAUAUCCAAAAGCAUAUAAAUUUAAGUAUAGAAAAUGAAGAUGGAACACCUGAGGAAAGAAAAACAAUAGUAAAUAAAGGUGAUUUAUGGAUAAAUAUUCAAAUAUAUAAUACAAGCAAUAUGAAUAACAUUGUAUUAUUAGAAAAUUUUACUUUACAAAAUUAUUAUAUUAAAGAAGGAAUUUUUAAUAUAACUUGUACAAAUGGAGAAUAUAGAAUUAAUAAUAUUACAACUGAAGAUAAUAGUACUAUUUCAAGUGAAAUUAAAAAAGUCAUGAAAAUAUUAGGAUAUGAACUACUAGAUGGGGACUAUGCAAUAUAUAUUGAAGCAGCUACCAUUAAACCUUUGAUGUAUAAUAAUAAAAAAGAGUAUGAACAAUAUGAAAGCAUUAUAAAUAAUAUACUUCAAAUACAAGAAUUUAAAUAUUCCUUUAAAGCAGUUGUGCAUGUACUAAAUGAUGGAAAUAAUAAUAGUUAUUAUUUUAAAAAGGUAGUAGAAGGACAUUUUGAAGAUACAAAAGAGGGAGAAUAUUCUAUAGAUGUUAUUAAUGAAAUAUAUAAUAUAACUCCUAUGUAUGGUGCCAUUUUAAGUGAAGAAAAAGGUAAAUACAUUAUCCACAAUACAUGGGAUUUAAAAGAAGAUAUAUUAAUUAAUUUUAAUAUAAAGAUUUUUACUAAGGAAAAUAUGUCGGAAUAUCACAAGCGUAUAGAUGGAGAAGAGUAUUAUCUUACCAUAAAGAAGUUAUCAGACCAAGAAAAUAUGAAUUAUGGAACUGAACAUAUAACAUUUAUAGGAAACACUAUAGGAGAUGGAAGUUACUUCGUAAAAGUCUUUAAUAAUAUUUAUACUUCAAAUGUUGCAUCAGGAUUAAAAUUAGAUUCUAAUAUUAUUAAAAAUCUAAUGUUAUUAUCCUAUGAACAAAUUAAAAAUGGUGACUACUUUAUAAGCAUUAGAAAGAAGUAUGUGAAAGAUAAUAAUAUCAUCUCACUUGAUAUAGAUAAAAAUACAGUAACUAAGGUUUCUGCAAAAUGUUUAUAUAGUUACACUGAUGUGUCAAAAGACUAUAUAUUAAUGAAUGAACCAGAAAAAAAUAUAGAUGAGGGUGUAUUUGAAUUGAUAAAAAAUUUAGAUGGUUCAGGGUUUACGUUUGUUAAUAAAUCAAAAGAAGUAGCUUUAAAAGAUAUUACAGUUACUACAUUAAAAAAAUUACUUGAUACUUUACCAUGUUCUAUUUAUAAUGUUUCAAUUAAGGCUAAUAUAAAUAAAGACAGUUUAUAUACUCAUGAUGUACUACAACAAGGAGAUAUACCUUAUACUACCUUACGUCAAGCAAGAAAUACUUCAUAUGGGACAUCUCAAGAGUAUCCAGUAGCACAUGGAAAUUUUUAUAGUUAUAAUGCGAAUGAUAUGAAUAGAACCACGGCUUAUUAUAAGAAAGAUGAAGGUUACACUACUAUAAAGACAACUUUAUGUUCAACUCCAGUUAAAUCUAAAUGCAAGAACCUUUUAAGAAGAAAUAAAAGGGAAUUUUUAUAUUAA